AUGGCUCGUUUGGGUGCUGUGGUUAUCAUUUUCUUGGUUUCUUUUGCUACAUUUGUGUCAAAUAUAGAGGGCAGAAAGUUAAUGAUGAGUACUAGUACUCCACAGGAGAACAACAAGAACAAGAAGAUGGAGAGUACUAGCAGUGUCAGUUCUUUUGCAAGUUUGAUUCUUAGUGCCCUUCCUAAGGGUACAGUGCCAUCAUCUUCCCCUAGCAAGAAGGGUCAUGCCACACUAGAUAACGAACAGCUCUUUGCAAGGCAUCUUGCUAGCAUCGAUCGGAUUCUACGGUCUGUUCCAAGUCCUGGUAUUGGUCAUUAA